AUGAGUCGCGCCGGCAGUCGCACCGGCGACCGUCCCGCCUCGGCCGACCUCUCCGGCAGCAUCUACCUCAUCACGUCCGACGGCCAGACGCUCAAGCUGCCCAUGCCUAGCACGUCGCCAUACGACCCCCUGACCUGGAGCCUGACGAAGCGCCUCCUCGCCAUGGGCGUCCUCGUGCUGUACUCCAUCGUCUCCAUGAUGGAGACGCAGGCCGCCAGCCUGAUGUAUCGCUCCUUUGCUGCCGAGUUCAACGGCAACGUACGUCUACCCCGAGCAUGGUCCGCGAGAAGGUCUGAACGCUCACUUCUCUCAAAGCAAGUCGACAAGUUCCCGCUCAACAUCCUCGUCUCGACGCCGAGCACGCUUUCCCUCGGCCUCGGCGCCUUUCUCUGGAUCCCCCUCUCGGUGGCUAUCGGAAGACGCCCCGUCUUCCUGCUCGCUUCUUGCUUCUUGACCCUCGCUACCGUACUAGCGGCGAAUGCUUCGGGCUUCUACCAACUCCUCGGAGCGUUGAGUUUGCAAGGGUUCUCGGCGGGAUUAAGCCUGAGUGCUUCGAUACUCAUCGUCAUUGACCUCACCUUCAUCGAUGAGCGUCCCAACGCCCUCGGCAUGUUCUGGAGCAUCGGCCUCGGCGGCGCCCUCUUGUCCCUGCCGAGCGUCACGCCUCUCUCGAGCCCCGGAUGGAGAGGCUUCUACGCGGCGUGGGUCGGCCCCUGCCUCGCCGUCUUCGUGUGCGCCUUCUUCUUCCUCCCCGAGACGUAUUUCGUCCGGCCGGCCGUUGCGUUCGAUGGCCGCAUUCUCGUGCAGGGCGGCUCGGAAAAGGUUCAGAUGUACGACGACUGGGAACAGAUACCCGGCAACAAGGUCUACGACGACUCCGCCUCUGGCUCUACCUCUUCCUCUACCUCUACCUCCGCAGCCACCGCCACCGCCACCGCCACCGUCACCGCCACUGGUCAGGCCGUGCCCGUAAUCCCCGAGACGCUGUGGCAGGGCAUGGUCCGACGGUGGGGUGUCCGAAAGAGCGGCGCGGGCUUUCGGGAGAUGUGGACGUGCUACGCCCAGACGAUGCUCUGCGCCUGCAACCCGCUCGUCUUCUGGGUCGCCAUCCUCAACGCCCUCAACUUCGGCGCCAUGCUCUUCAUCGGCGAGACGUACGCCGUCGUCAUGUCCCAACCGCCCUACAACCUCCCCGAGCGCGUCAUCUCCAUGGUCAACCCCGUCUCGGCCAUCGGCUCCCUGCUCGCCUGGCCCGUCUCGACCAUCCUGACGUCCCGCGUAGCCCGCCGCCUGACGCUCCGCAACGGCGGCAUCCGGGACGCCGAGCACUACCUCAUCGCCUUUCUGCCGCCGGUCCUCACCGGCGCCGGCAGCGUCUUCUUGUACGGGCUGACGGUGCAUUACAAGUGGAGUUUUAUCUGGAUCUUUGUGUCCUAUCUCAUCAACGCCUUCAGCGCCGCCUCGUACGGCAUCGCCUCGACGCUCUGGGUCACCGAGGCGUUCCCUCGCUGGGCGGCGCCCGCCAUGAUCAUCGUCGGGGGCGCCGGCUACAUGCUGAGCUUCGCCACGAGCUACGCAGUCACGCCGUGGCUCGAUUCGCAGGGCUACCUGGGCGCCAACUUCGAGCUGGGCGCCAUCCUGCUGAUCGUCGGAGGCGUUGCUGUGCCGCUCGCGUUCUGGGGGAAGAGUCUGCGGCAGUAUAUCGACGGCAAAUGGGGUGUGUCUGAGGCUGGAGCGUUGCGGCCGCAGCAGACUGGUGAACAGCAUUUCCACUGA